CAGCCGCUCUCCCCCGCGCCCUUGCGGCCGGCGAGGGGGUACGUCUUUUUUCGUUUUGGGCGGAAUAAGCUCACGGGAGCAGUCGAUUUUCGUGUGUAAUCGUGCUUGAAAGGAGUCCGAAUUCGGCUUCGAUUCAGAUCACACAAGCAGAUUCGAAAAAGGAGCUGUCUUUAUUCAGUCAUUGUCCUGUCGCUGUAAUCAGCACUCCUCCAUAAAUAAAGGCUGCGCGGAGGAGAGCCGGCUUGUAACAGGGGGUAGGGGGAGAGCCGUCUAUUUGUUUGAUUUGUUGUGCAGCCUUUCUCCAUCAAUAAAGGCCGGCGAUCACCUUGUGUAAUCGCAAGAGAAAGGGCUUAUUUUUAUUAGGGAAGUUCGUGUCUCGAGAAGUAGUAUAAUCAGGAUUUGAGUCCUCCCGUUGCUCCGCCUCCAAACAUGUAGUUGAGUAGGAGUAGGAGUAGGAGCAGAAUUUUAGUUCGUCAAUCCAUUCAAUAAGGUGGUCUCUGGUCAAUUAGAGAUUUGGAGAUGAAGAACAGGAAGGGGACUAGCCGCGGCCGCAAUUUAAUAAAUGCGAUGCAGAAAGCCACAGCUCGCGAUGAAGGUGAAGCAGCUUCUGGUGAAGCCGGAGGAGAUAGGCUUAGCAAGCUGCCCGAUGACAUUCUACUCAACAUCCUGGAGAGGGUUGACACCCUGGAAGCAUUAAGAGCAUGCAUCCUCUCUAAGCGAAUGCUGAAGCUCUGCACCAUGCUCUCACGGUUUGACAUAGAUGUUGGUUCCCUUUCUCUUUACCGCAAGGCCUGGCUCGACACCACCCCUCGUCUUGUUUGGUACAACAAUGCUGUGGCUGGUGUAACGGAGAAUGUCCUGAGUGCGAGGAAUGUGGAGAUCCCCAUCCGCGAGCUGCGGGUGAAAUUCUUUUUGAGGCGUGAUGAAUUUAUUUCCAUCAGUAAAGCUGUUGCCCGUGCAAUGGCAACCCAGAAGGUGGACGAUGCUGAGUUUGUGCUUUUCACAGAGACGGCUUGUUUAAGCUGCACCCACGGCGAUCUCCUCUGCCAUGCCAAGAAAUUCAAUAGUUGGUUUGGUGAUUGUGCAGCUGCCUUUUCCGGCCUCACGCGCCUGUGGCUGCGCAACAUGAGAUUUGGGGAACUGGACAUCCCCAACAUCCUCAGCACCUGCAAGCGGUUGGAAUCUUUGCGUCUCUCCUACUGUGAUGCAGGGAUCUGUUCCAUGCUGCAAUUAGAACAUGCUCAACUUGUUGAGCUCCACAUUGACCUUGGAAAAUUUGAGACUGUGCAUCUCAACUGUCUACCAAACCUCCAACGCGUGAACUAUACUUGUUGGUCUUAUCAAGAUCCCCUGACUUUUGGUUCUGUCCCACAGCUUUCAAAGCUAAGCCUCGAAAACAUUGGUAUUAGUUCGACUAAGAAUCUCCAGUUAAGUGAACUCCUCGUUAAUGUACCCUGGAUAAAAGACCUGCGACUGGAUUUUAAAAGUGAAAAGAUUUGGAUUCUACCAGAAUGCCCCAAACUGCUUGCGCCUGUGCUGGGAGAGCUACAGAUUGUAGAUCUGGAUAACCUUCCUGAAGGAUGUGAUAUUGCCUGGACCAUGUUCAUUCUUGAAGCUGCACCCUCCCUAAAGGAGGUACGCAUCACGGUGUGGGAUCAUUUAUGUAUAAUGGUUACAAACAAGGACCUUCGGAUGAAUAGUGGUUACUGUGAAAAAGCAAAUGUGGAGUGGCAACCAUCUGCUGCUGAUUUCAAGCACAAGAAUCUGGUUAAGCUCGCCAUCUACGGUUUCCAACCCGACGAAAAUUUUGUGCAGUACGUUAGACGCGUCAUGGAAGUUGCGGUGAACAUGAAGGACAUAUCUCUGCACGACAGGGAGGUGUGUGAGCGCUGCGGGGGCUUGGAACCCAGUAUCCAGGUUUGCCCUUCUAGAUAUCCGCGGACCAGUGAGGAGAAGGAUAUGCUGAGGGAGGAGAUUACUAAGGAAUUGCGGAUUUCUUCACCUGCUGUGAUUCACUUCAGGUCUUAGUAAUGGAAGAAUAAGAUGCAUGGCAUCACUAUGAUUUGAUGCCAUGCAUCUAGAGUCUCGUGUAAAUCAAACAUGGCAUUUGUACUCUUAUAUUUAUCCUAGUUUGAAGGAGUUUCUUGUGCUCCAUAAUUCAGUAGUCAUUGCAUUUGUACUCUUAUUAAUCCUCCAAUUGAAGCUUGUACAGAAUGCUUUGGGGAGAAAAUAGUUAUAUUAUUAAAUAUUUUGAAUAUUAUGAUAUUCAUUACGCUCCCCCUUAGGGUAAAUAGGUUUUUGGAGAAAUCGAUUUGGGCACCUUUUACAAGUUGUAAACCAGUUAAAUGCACUUCUGUUUUCUC